AUGAUGGACGACGUGUUUGCUAUUUUUAAAAAAAAGCAUAAGACAAAGAAAAGAGUGUCUACUACAAACGGAACAGAAGAAAAAAAAGAAAAAAAAAGUUUUUUUCACUUGAAUAGAAAAAACCCAAGAAGAGCGCAUAAUGAAGAUGAUUCUUUUAAUUAUUAUAGAACUCCUGGAGAAACAACAAACGAAAAAAAAAAAAAUAAUGAUAUUGAAAAUGUAAUUACUGUUGAAUUUCCCGCAUUGCCAUAUAAAAAUACAGAGUCAUGUAUAUCAUUUUAUUAUAUUCAAUAUUUAAGAAAUCAAUUAUUAUAUGGAAAUAAAAAUAUAAAAAUUGAUGAAAAUACAAAAAUGAUAGCUGAAUCAUUACUUGAUAAAAUGGAUAGUAUUAUAUAUGAAUUGGAAAAUAAAGAACAUGAUGAAAAUAGCUAUAAAAAUGAAAUAAAAAUUAUAACAUUUAAAUCAAUAUAUGAUAGGUAUUAUAAAAUAUUCACUACAUUUAUAUCAUACUCUGAUAUUGUACCUCUACCAAAUAAUUUAUAUGACUACGUGUUAAAUAAUGGUGUAUAUAUAAGGUCAAAAAAAAAUAAUGAUUUUAAUAGUAGAGAAAAUAUACAUAAUAUAUAUUCCUACUUAGAUAAUGUACAAGUAGGAGAAAAUGAUUUAUCAAUUAACGAUGAAAAAAUAUAUGUUGAUAAUAUUGAUAUAAGUAAACCUACUAUAAUAAAUAAAUCCAUAUUAAAUCUUGACAUAGAUAUUGAAUACUUACCAUUAAAAAUUAACUCCUCUUAUUAUUAUGCCAAUAUACAAUAUGCGAAGUUGUUUUUAAAUGAUGCUAUAAAUAUGUCUUUAUAUGAUAAAGCAUUGGGCGAACUGGUAGUCGUUAAGGCUUUAGUGGACAUACCCUCCCUGUCCACGGAAUUUGUCGAGGGCUUUGAAAUAAAGGAAAUGAAAGCCGGAGAAAGGCAAUGGAUGCCGAUAUACCUAGCAAUAACUCUUUCAUCCUAUACAUAUGUAGAUGUAGAAUUUCCUUUUUGGUUUUACAUAAAGAAUUUUAUAAACAUAAAAGAGGAAGAAUAUAAAAAUGGAGAUGAAUUAUUUGAAUUACCUUCUCCCUAUUUUUUUGAGAUAUGUUUUAUGUUUUUAGAUCAAAAAAUAUUUUCAAAAGCUACUCCUAUUGAAACGGUUGGACAGAAAAGUUUUUUUAAAUAUAUGUCGAAGGUAGCAGGUUAUGUUGAAGAUAUUAAGCAUUGUAGAGCUGAGAAAAUAAUAAAAUACCUUGAGGAGCAAGAUGUGCACUCUACCCAUAUUUACAUUCAAAAUUUGCAGUACUCUGAAACUUAUUUAAUUAAUCUAUCUCUGUACAGUUUUUGGAAGUACGAUAAAAAUUUAAACGAACGAGGUGAUUCCAUAGAUUUUACCUCAUACUUACUUGAGCCAUUUAUAAAAGAAGCGGGGGAAGACAAUGAUGACGAGGAAAAUAUACUACAUGAUUUGUAG